CUCCUGGCAAUUGGACUAAGUCAUCAAUAUAGUCUUGACUGAAAACCAGGCAAAAGGGGCUUAUAAAGCUAAUCCCAACCCUCAAGUCACCAAUCAAGAACUCAUCAUUUUAUUUUCUAUGAAUCAAGAAUUCAUCAUGGAAGUGAAAAUUUUCAUUCUUUUUCUUGGUUUCUUUAUAUCAUUUUCAUCAUCUUCUAAUACCAAUAUUCUGAAUCAAGGUUCAUCUCUCUCCUCACCACAAGAUGUUCUUGUUUCAUCAACAAGUGGCAUUUUCACAGCUGGAUUUUACCCCAUUGGAAUCAAUGCUUAUGUUUUUGCUAUAUGGUAUAGUAUGCCAUUUUCCAAUGAAAAGCACACCUUAGUUUGGAUAGCCAACAGAGAUCAACCUGUUAAUGGAAAAUAUACAAAAUUCUCCCUUCUGAAAUCAGGCAAUCUUGUGUUAACAGAUGGUGGGCAGUUUACAGUUUGGACAAGUAACACAAAUUCCCGAUCCCCCCUUCACUUGCAACUCCAUGAUUCUGGCAAUCUUAUUCUAACUGCCACUUUGCGGCAAAAAACUCUUUGGCAAAGUUUUGAUUCACCUACAAACACACUUCUUCCCCAACAAUUGCUGACCGAAAAUGGCAAUCUACUUUCUUACAGAAGCCAAACUAAUUACUCUUCUGGUUUUUACAAGCUCUUCUUUGACAACGACAAUGUCCUCCGCCUUGUUUACAGAGGCCUUGAGAUAAGCAGUGUAUUUUGGCCACCUCCAUUUUUGCUCAGCUGGGAAGUAGGGAGAUCAACCUACAAUACUACUAAGGUAGCCACACUUGAUCGUUUGGGAAAUUUCACAUCCUCAGACAACUUCAAUUUUUUAACUGCAGAUUACGGUAUGGGGCCUCAGAGAAGAUUAACACUAGAUCCUGAUGGCAACCUGCGGGUGUAUAGUCUGAACCAGAAGCAUGGAAAUUGGGAUGUUACAUGGCAAGCUGACGUACAACCAUGCAGAGUCCAUGGAGUUUGUGGAGCAAACAGUCUGUGUACUUAUGUUCAUAAUCUGUCAGGGAGGAGAUGCGCUUGUUUACCUGGGCACAAGAUGAAAAAUGACACAGAUUGGUCUUAUGGAUGUGAACAAAAUUUCGAGCUGUCUUGUUCGGACAAUAAUUCGAUUGGUUUCUUCCAACUUCAUGAUGCUGAAUUUUAUGGCUAUGACAUUGGAGUAUACUAUAAUGUCACCAUAGAGUCCUGCAAAAAUAUUUGCGUGAGAAACUGUGAUUGCAAAGGAUUUCAGUAUAAAUACGAGACACAGAGUGGCACUUACAAUUGCUUCCCGAAAACAUUAUUGUUUAACGGAUACCAGUCGCCUUCUUUUAACUAUCCGGCAUACAUGAAAGUAUCAAAAUCUAGUCUAACUACUUACAAGAACCAUGUUAAAGAAUUUGAACUCAACUGUAGAGACCGUGUUACGCCAAUUGACGUUGUGUACAAAAAAGAACAUGAGUGGAUCAAGUAUUUGUUCUGGUGUGCUGGUGCAGUUGGAGUCACUGAAAUCAUCAUUUUGCUCAUUUGCUUCUUCGCAACCCGGCUGCCUACUAAUGCCACCUCGCAAGGCUAUCUUCAAGUUGGAGUAGGAUUCAAGAGAUUCACCUAUGCUGAGCUCAAGAAGGCAACGCGUGGAUUCAAUGAAGAAAUCGGACGAGGAAGCAGUGGCGUUGUUUACAAAGGCACAUUGUCGGAUAACCGAAUAGCAGCCAUUAAAUGCCUAAGUGAAGCGCGACAAGGAGAAGCUGAAUUCCUUGCUGAAAUAGGCAUAAGCGGCAGACUUAAUCACAUGAAUUUGAUGGAGACAUGGGGUUAUUGCUCUGAAGGUAAGCAUCGGCUUUUGGUUUACGAGUACCUUGAACUCGGAUCUUUAUCAAACUUUUUGUAUGCAAAUAAACUUAAUUUUCAGAAAAGGUUUGAAAUCGCAGUAGGUACUGCAAAAGGUCUUGCCUACUUGCAUGAAGAGUGUUUGGAGUGGGUUUUGCACUGCGAUGUUAAGCCUCAGAACAUACUUUUAGACUCCAAUUUCCGGCCAAAGGUGGCAGAUUUUGGCCUAUCCAAAUUAAAUAACAGAAAUAGAAAUGAGAGGUCAACAUUUUCAAGAAUCAGAGGAACCAGAGGGUACAUGGCUCCAGAGUGGGUAUAUAAUCUACCUAUCACGUCAAAAGUUGAUGUAUACAGCUAUGGGAUUGUGUUGUUAGAGUUAAUAACAGGAAGAAACCUGGCAAAUGACAACGAGGGUGGUUUGGUAAAUUGGGUGAGGGGAAAAGUACAAGAUUCUGAGAGAAGAGUUUCAUGGAUUGAGGAAAUUGUGGAUACUUCCAAGAAUGGAGAAAUUGAGAAAGAUAGGGCAGAAACUAUGGUUAAAGUGGCAUUACAAUGUGCAGAGGAAGACAGAGAUUCAAGGCCUAAAAUGAGCCAGGUAGUUGAUAUGCUUCUUUCUGAACAAGGUGAGUGAUUGAUAGGAAGCGAUCCAAGAUAGUUGAAUAAUUCAUUUUGGAAGUAGAAAUGAUUGUGUGUAAUAAUCUACUAUUAAUGAAAAUAAAGUGUAUUCGUUGCAUAAUUAUUUAAAAUAUGCAAUUUUCAGUGGAAAUUUGAUACAAUAUCAUUUUUUUCA